CGUCAUUGAUCGGCGCCGGAAAAACUUCCAGCCUUCGCGGCGGAUCGCGGGAUGUCUUUAGGCUAAAUUUGACGUGCGUGCACAAACUUGUAUCCGUUACCAGUGUGUGCCACCGCGGAUGGCCAGGGACCUGAUUGGACCGGCGCUGCCGCCUGGCUUCAAGGCCCGCGGGACAGCAGAGGACGAGGAGCGAGAUCCCAGCCCAGUUGCAGGACCAGCUCUGCCCCCUAAUUAUAAAAGUAGUAGUUCAGACUCAUCAGACAGCGAUGAGGACAGUAGUUCUUUGUAUGAAGAAGGAGAUCAAGAAUCCGAAGAAGAUGACACUGGUCCAACUGUAAGAAAGCAGAGGAGAAAUCAAGAUGACGAUGAUGAUGAUGGGUUUUUUGGACCAGCCCUUCCUCCUGGAUUUAAAAAGCAGGAUGAUUCUCCUCCAAGGCCUAUAAUAGGCCCUGCAUUGCCACCUGGUUUCAUUAAAUCUGCACAGAAAAGUGACAAGGGCAGAGACAAUCCAGGACAACAGGAAACAGAUAGCAGUGAAGAUGAGAACAUUGUUGGACCAAUGCCUGCAAAAGGACCAGUUAACUACAGUGUAACAACAGAGUUUGAAAAAAGGGCCCAAAGAAUGAAAGAAAAACUGACUAAAGGAGAUGAUGAUUCAUCUAAACCAAUUAUAAGAGAGUCGUGGAUGACAGAGCUUCCUCCGGAAAUGAAAGACUUUGGUCUUGGGCCAAGAACUUUUAAGAGAAGAGCUGAUGACAAAUCUGGAGAUCGAUCAGUCUGGACAGACACUCCAGCUGACAGGGAAAGGAAAGCUAAGGAAACACAAGAAGCAAGGAAGUCAUUCAAUAAGAAGGAUGAAGAACAUAUAUUGUCAGGAAGAGAUAAGAGAUUAGCUGAGCAGAUAUCCUCAUAUAAUGAAUCAAAAAGAUCAGAAUCUCUUAUGGACAUUCAUCAUAAAAAAUUAAAGAGUAAGGCUGCUGAAGAUAAGAAUAAGCCUCAAGAGAGAAUACCAUUUGACCGUGAUAAGGAUCUCAAGGUUAAUCGGUUUGAUGAAGCUCAGAAAAAAGCCCUAAUAAAGAAAUCUAGAGAACUAAACACCAGAUUUUCACAUGGCAAAGGCAAUAUGUUUUUAUAAGGGGAUUUCCCUGUGCAAUGAAGAAAAGUUGAAGAAUACUCUUGUCUGUCUGUCCACCUUUAUUCCUUUGUUUUGGACUUCUUAAGAUUAGAGAUUACUUUAAUCUUAGAAACUAUACAAACUUACCUUGCUCUGUGUGUCCUUUAAGGUCAUGUGGAAACAUAAAAUUAAUGUUAGUUAUGUAGAAUAGGAUGUUUUGUGUGCCUUUGGCUUCUGAGGAAGUAUGGUCUUUCCUUCAAAUAAUUAUUUUGAGGGUCCUCGUGAUCUUUGUGGUGUCUCACAAGUACCUUCUAAGUUCUGGUCAGGACUAUCCUCUGAAUCUCUACCACAGCCUGGACCUCCUCGUCAAAUAUACUUAACCUAUCCGAGAGUAAGUGUGUCGAAUCCUUGAAUUUGAGAUCGGUUGGUUUUUCCCUCUAACCUUCAGCCAGUGAAUACAAAUUUAUGUGAAAAUAGAGGGUGUGGAGUUUUGUCUGUUUUGUUACCAGUUGCUUGUGUUAGCACUCAGGGCUUUUUAUUUGUUUUGGGUUUCUUUUUAUAAGUCAAAAAGAGAGCUCUCUGGGGUAUCACAUAUGCUAAGGAAAAGCUUUUGAUUUUUCUAACUUUAAUAAUAAGUAUUUCUAGGGGAGGCAGU